CAUAUGACAGUACUGAACCCGGAAUAUCGCCCCCACGGCCCACCCCUUUCCCUCUCACUUUCUCGGAAAGGAAAACGCAAGAAAAUUUUCAAGAACCCCCAGUCGUUUCUUUUGCAGUUAAUGAGCCACUUCCCUCUAAUCCCGCCCAAUCUUCUCUCCUCCCAUUUUUCUCUCUUCCUUUGGUCUCUCUCUCUCUACUCAUUAUUAUCAGCUGCGUCUUUCUAGGGCUUCGACCUUUGUUUCCUUCCCCUAUGUCGCUCGCAUCUUGAUUCUCGAAUCUUCGAUUCCCCACCCGGUACCCUAGAAUUUAUCGACCUAGAAUUCUCUCUCCACCCCCCACUCGAUGGAGGAAGAGAAGCGCCGCGGCGGCGAUUCGUCGAGGGCUUCGUCGUCGUUCGUCAAGUCCGGUGACCGGCAAAUGUUCACGGUGGAACUCCGGCCUGGAGAGACCACCAUAGUCUCGUGGAAGAAGCUCAUGAAGGACGCCAACAAGGUCGAUGGCGGCUCCGCCUCCGCUCCCGAACCUCCCGCCAAUGCUCACCCUCGCCUCGAGUCUCGUAUCGCUCCGGUACAACAGCCUGCCAAUGAGGAGGUUAAAGAAGAUCCUGCACCGCAUCGUUUUAGUGCUGUUAUUGAGAAGAUUGAACGCCUUUAUAUGGGUAAAGAUAGCAGUGAUGAUGAAGAUAUGAAUGAAAUUCCCGAUGACGAUCAGUAUGAUACAGAAGACUCUUUUAUUGAUGAUGCAGAGUUGGAUGAAUAUUUUGAAGUUGAUAAUUCAGCCAUAAAGCAUGAUGGAUUUUUUGUUAACAGAGGAAAAUUGGAACGCUUUGAAACUACUGUAUUGCCUAACCAGCAACCAAAGAAAAGGAGAAGAAAGGAUUUGGCAAAGGGCAAUGGUGAAAAUAAUGACGAUCGUUUGCCAAAUAAACAUACAAAAUUAGGUAAGACGUCAGCUGCUAAGAUUACAUCAGCUUUUGCAAAGAACUUAUCGACUUCCACUGAAACUGUAGCUGUAUCUGGUGAACAUAGUGAAGAUCUGAAAUUUGAGAACCAGUUGAAUGCUUCAACAUUUUUCCCUAAAAAGAAAUCGUCUGAAUCUAAAACUGCAUUAGAUCCUUCUUUUCUGAAAGUUUCAAAUGGAGAUACUUCUGUGGCAUUAGCAGAGGUGAAGGAUAUUGAUAAGCAAAAGGCAUCUAAGGAUCCAAGUAGCAAGUUUAAAGAUGUGGCCGUAUCUUCAGACGCUUUACAUCAGAAAUAUCAUGAUAAAAGUGCUUAUGCACAAUCCAGACCCCAAUCUGGGAAACUGUUAGGCAGUGUUGAUGAGUUGGACUCGUCAGUCAGGUUAAAAGAGAAAAAUGGGAUUCGUGAACAGCCAGAUGUUAAUGCCUUUGAGGGAAAGUACUCCACUACAUCAACAAAAACUUCGCACAUGCACAAAAAGGAUGGUUCUAGCAUAAGGCCUAAGAGUUCGAUGCUUGAAAAGGCUAUUAGGGAGUUAGAGAAGAUGGUCGCAGAAUCAAGGCCACCUGCUGUUGAAAGUCAAGAGGUGGAUAAUUCAUCCCAGACAAUUAAGAGGAGAUUGCCUAGAGAAAUAAAGAUGAAGCUUGCUAAAGUUGCCAGACUAGCGCAGGCAAGCCACGGAAAAGUUUCAAAAGAGUUGCUUGCCCGUCUUAUGAGUAUUCUGGGCCACUUAAUACAGCUCAGAACAUUAAAGAGAAAUUUAAAAAUUAUGAUUAAUACGGGUUUGUCAGCAAAACAGGAGAAAGAUGAUAGGUUUCAACAGAUAAAGAAAGAAGUUAUUGACAUGAUUAAAACACGGGCACCCUCUAUGGAGUUGAAGGCACUGGAGCUACAAGCUGGAGCAUCAGAUAAUUUUCAAGAAAUUGCUACUGGAGAAAAAGAAGCCUCUAAGAGAAAGUUCAGUAUGGAUGCUGCAUUGGAGGACAAGAUUUGUGAUCUCUAUGACCUUUAUGUUGAUGGGCUGGAUGAAGAUGCGGGUCCUCAAAUCAGAAAGCUCUAUGCAGAGCUUGCUGAAUUGUGGCCAAAUGGUUUCAUGGACAACCAUGGGAUCAAGCGAGCAAUAUGUCGUACGAAAGAGAGGCGCAGAGCACUAUACAGCAGAAAUAAGGAACAGGAGAAAAUCAAGAGGAAAAAGAUGUUGGCCCUCAGAUUAGAGGAAGGCAUUCGAGUUGAGGCUAGUUCAAUGAUGCAGGCACAAUACAUGCGAGAAAGGCUGGUUACUGAAUCUAGCAGUCAUGGCACCGCGAACAAGCCUGUUUCCGCCACAACUGCUGCUGCGCGGAUGCCCAGUCCAUUAAAUGUUCCUAGUUUUGACAAGCCAAAACAAGAGAAGCUCAAGGGAAGUUCAAGCAAUUCCCUGGAUGAUGCAAGGGUGGGAGAUGGUACCCUGACAAAGAAGAAGGUGAAGAGAAAGCCGGAGACAGAAUCGGAUGAAACUCGUUUCCGGCCGGAGAAGUUAACUUCCCAACAGGGGGAGGAAAGACAGAAGCCACUCAAGCAGGCUGCGAGUCUUCCACAUAAACCAAACCUUCAAUCCACUGUCCUUCCAAGCGUUGAACAAUCAAGCUGACAUGAUAUUAUUAGCUCAAUUAGGAAGUUCAUUUUGACCAUAAAUUUGCUCUUGUAAGAAAGUUUUCAUUUUUUUCGUCUCUGUUUUUUUUUGUCCUUUUCCAUGGGUUGGCGUCAUUCGUUCUGACCAACUUAUUAUACCAUUUUUGUAAUUAAAUGUCAUUCCGUGAUGUAUGGACUAUAUGUUGUUCUGAUGAUAGAUAUAGCAGAAAGCUUUAAUUCCUUGUGCAAAUCUAGACGGUGCGGUGUGAAAAACUGCACUGUACAAGCUAACA